AUGAAGGUGUGCUGGGCCCUUUUGGCCCUCUUGUCAGCUACCCACGGAUUUGUUCCUUCUUCCACCCACAACAAACCGUCGGUACCAUCUCCCUUGGUCUUGAAUGUCAAUGUGGCCACCAAUUUUAUCUUGCAAGAAUUUGAACGUGGAGAGUUUUUCUUCCCCAAUGCCAUGUCAUCCGACGAGAACAAUGGAAGAGAAAAAGCUCCUCGGUUGUCUCGUCCGCAACGCAAAGCCUUGGAACGAGCUCAAAAACAACAAAAGCAACAAAAAGUGCAACAAAAGAAGAAGAAUGCCAAACACUUCAAGCUCCAUUCGCAGGCCGUGUCCAGUCUCACCAGCCAGUCCACGGCCGACGAUGUCUUGCGAGCCAUCAAGAGGGCCCAAAAUCUCCACGAUGCCGAAGAUUUGCAGACGAUUGAAAAAUUCUUGUUGGAAGAAGUCGACGAAACGUUUGCGUUUGGAUAUCGUGGCUCCUUGUUGUCCCGAUUGGCCGUCGCGGCCUUGCACAUGAACAAUCACGAAUUGGCUCGAACCGCCAUUGAUGUGCGACGCGUCGAAUGUCGGGCUUCCAUGGCACCCAUGGAAAGUGCCGCCAUUAUUCGAGGAUUGCUACGAGUACACAAUGUCACGGAUGCUUUGGAAGUACUGGCCGAUGAAUUGUCGCUGCCGUUGGAGGGAACUCCACUCUCCGACAGUGCCAACCAAGAACGUCUCAAGUGGCGUGCACUGGCACUGUCCUCCAUGGCAUCUCGUCAUUUCUUUCAAGGGGAACCAUCCCUCUCAGUUCUGGCGUGUGAAAAAUUGGCCGAACUGGGGCCCAUGGUACGAGAGUCGGGUCUCACGGCCAAAGAACUCGACAUGCCCUGGAGCAGGCUCAUUCUAGGAGCGUCGCAAUGCGAAUCGGGGCGACGCGAAGGAACCAAGCAGGAAGAGACGAUCGAAGUCGAUUUGCCAUGCAAUUUGGUCUACUCCGUCUUGAAUGCCAUGUCCACAUUUCCAUCGGAUAACAGCGAUGAAGUCUACGAACGCGUGUCCAAUGCACUAGUACGACGAGUGGUCUUUCUCACGGGAGCCAUUGAUAUGAAGGGUUGUCCGGCAGCGGACCGAGGAGAAGCUGCAUUCAUUGGUAGAUCCAAUGUCGGAAAGUCCAGUUUGAUCAAUAUGGUUACCAACCGAAAGUCAUUGGCGUACACCAGCAAACGACCUGGCAAGACACAGCAAUUCAAUUUCUUUGCCGUCAACGACAAACCUGGCCGAGAAAAGGAAGUCAAGUAUGGGGAUGUCAUGCCAGGUUCAAUGGACCCAGACUCCUUCCUCAUUACGGACUUGCCAGGAUUUGGGUUUGCCAAAGUGCCCGAGAAACAACGGAAGCAAUGGGCCGAUUUCAUGAGCCAAUACUUGGCGGAACGAAACAAUCUUCGAGUGGUCUUUCACUUGAUUGAUUCGCGUCAUGGGCCCACCGACGAGGACAAGAAAAUUAUGAACCAAGUGUCCGAAAAUCUCCCUGCCCGAGUCAACUACGUGGUGGUGCUGACCAAAGCCGACAAGAAUAUCAAGGGAGCUCCCGGAAAGGUAUCCAAAGAUGUCAUGCAAAGUCUGCGCACGGCAAUGAAUGAAAAUGGCGUUGGGAAACGUCCCGUCAUUUUGUCAUCGUCCAACACAAAGCUUGGACGAGACGACCUCUGGCGUUAUUUGAGACUCGCAGCAGAAGCUUAG